GAGCGCGGCCGGGUUUGAAUCGGCGGGCCCCGCGCCGGUUACCGGGAGCGGGGGGGGCCCGGCCAUGCCGAUCCGCGCCCGCUGCAUCAUCUGCUCCGACUUAUUCGACAACCAGCGGGACGUGGCGGCCGUGCCCUGCGGGCACACCUUCCACCGCGCCUGUCUCACCCAGUGGUUUGACACAGCACCAAGCCGGACUUGCCCACAGUGCAGAGUCCAGGUCAGCAAAAGACACAUCAUCAAUAAGCUGUUUUUUGAUGUUGCCUUGGAGGAGCAGACAGCAUUGGAUGCAGAGACCUUGCAGAAUGAACUGGACCAGGUGAAAGCUCAGCUCUCUGUGAAAGAGAAAGAAAGGAAGGAAUGCCAGGCCCUGAUGGAUGGGUUGAGGGACACUCUGGAUGUGCGCAAUGCCACAAUAGAGUCGCUCCAGAAGGUGCUGGGAGAGACAGAGAUGCUGUGCUCCUCUCUCAAGAAGCAGAUGAAAUUCCUGGAGCAGCAGCAGGAGGAUAACAGAAGUUCAAAGGAGGAGGUCCGCCAUCUGCGGAACAAGCUGAAAGCCAUGGAGCGGAUUGAGAUGUUGCUUCAAAGCCAGCGUCCCGAAGUGGAGGAGAUGAUCAGAGAUAUGGGAGUUGGGCAAGCAGCGGUGGAACAGCUGGCGAUCUACUGUGUCUCGCUGAAAAAAGAAUAUGAAAACUUGAAGGAGUCUCGGAAGACCUCUAGUGAGAUGACAGAGAAGCUGAAGAAGGAGCUGUUUUCUGUCAAUGGCAAGCUGCAGAAAAGUGUUUCAGAGUUGGAGAUGACAAAGGAAGAGUUAAAAAGCACCCAGAAGGAUCUGAAGAAUGCGGACAAGGAGAUCUUGAGUUUGAAGAAGAAGAUAGACAUCCUGCAGGAUACUCUGAAAGUCCCAUCUGUAACCAGGGAUACACUCAGUCGACUAGUCUUUGAAAGCCCCACUCCCGUGGAACUGCGGCAACCGAAGCUCCGCUGCCCGGCCAACAGCGACGAGAUCGAUCUAGAUGCUACUUUUGAUGUGGACACCCCUGAACAUCAGCCCUGCAGAUCUCAUUCCAGCCCUGUAAAGAAGCAGAAGCUGAAUAAAAAGCCGCCUCCCAUGGUAGAUCUGGCAAAGAAAGUUCUGAAGGAAACAGUGGAGAACUGGCCAGAUGAUCUGGAGGAUGAUGCUUUUAAAGGACUCUUGCCAGCAUUCAUGAGGAACUCUAUUCUCUCCAAGAAGCCAUCUUCGGGUAGCUUGCUGGGUCCCCACAAGAACAUAGGCACUGUGAGAAUGGGGUAUGAUGGUUUGGGCGGCAGAACAAAGUUCAUAGAGCCUACAAACCUGGCAGAAAUCCGUCCAUUAGCAGUGAGGAGGAAGAAGAACGCCUCCAGGCCAGCACCUAUAGCUCCCUCUGCCUCUUCCUCCAGCAGCAGCCAGGCCAGGCUGGACAGUUUCUUGCAGUGAGAGCCCCUGCCUUCCCGGGGGCAGAUACAGGACAGAGCACACUUGUCCAGAGCCUGACUCAAAGCAACGUGCAACUGCUGCUGUGCGGGGUGCUACGACCUGCCCCAGGGAGAAUCCUGGCCUUACAGCAAGCUGACAGGAGACGAAGCCUUUGGCUAAUGCUUGGACUGAUCUACCCUCCUCACCUUACACUUCCUUCCUAUUUUCUUGUAGAAUAAACAGUUUGUUCAUCUUCUGGCCUGCUCGGAACUCUACAGUUGCUGCAGCUGUUGGGCUCUGACAUCGGGUGGAACUGUGCUUCUUGGAUGUAGCUGCAAGCUAGAGGUGUGGGAAGGGUGUCUGGGAUGUUGGGCUGGAGCGAGAGCAGGGAGGAGGGACCUGGGCCAGCUCUAUGCCUGGUGUAAAUACCUCUAAGAAAGUUUCCUGGAGGAAGAGGCGUGCAGAGGGCAGAGCAGCGCUGGCCUGCGUUGCUGCAGGGUGGCCGUGUAUUCAUCAUCAAAUGAAACACCUUCCCUCCGCCGCAGGCCUGUGGUGGUUGGGGAGACCCGUGGGCCAGCCUGGGGGAUGUUCCACCUUCCCCUGGUUUGGGCCGUGAAGUUCACUGCAUUUGUGCAGGCUUGGCUUUGAAAUUGCUGACCUGGGGAGCAGGGUGUUGGGGGUGACCCCCCUGCCCUGCUGGGAAUGGGGAGAACAGUGUGCUGAUGUGACCUGUUCGUGGCACAUGCUGCUCUGUAACUCACUUGAUAAUUUCUAUUUUUUUUUUUUAAUGAAACUGUAGGGAUUUUCUUCUUUUGUAACUGAUCUGCCUAGUGAUUUCUGAGGGUUUGGAAUGGCCUGAAGAAGUGCUGGAGAACGACACCCUUCAGGGGAAGGGGAGACUGAUGGAGCUGAACCUGUCUGGGGUUCCUCAGCUUGGAGCCAUGGGACAGGAGAUCCCCUCUUGCCCCACGGCUGAAGCAGGGCUGUUCAAGCUGCAAGGAGCAGAUGUGGUGAGGUACCUCCCUACAGGUCUCUACUGUAAAAAUCUGUCACAUUUCCUACUUCCAGCUGCUUCAGGUUGGAAGCCUCAGUGCCUGGACUGGCUAAAAAGAUGUCUUCAGGGAAUAAAAUAUAUUGCUGCGCACCCUUGUUAA